UCAUCGACAUCGCCAGUAGCAUCAAACAUGGCGGAAUUAUUGUUGGAUCCCGAUAUUAGGAUAUGGGUUUUCCUGCCAAUUGUAGUGAUUACCUUCUUAAUAGGAAUAGUUAGACACUAUGUUUCAAUCCUUAUCUCAUCCACAAAGAAAGUAGAGUUACAACAAGUUCAGGACAGUCAAGCCCUCAUUCGUAGCAGAUUUCUCAGAGAAAAUGGCAAAUACAUUCCGAAACAGAGUUUCCUUAUGAGGAAAAACUUCUUCAACAACGAGGAUACCGGUUAUUUAAAGACGCAAAAACGUAAUCCAGUGAUGCAAAACCCAAUGACUGAUCCCUCAAUGAUGACCGACAUGCUGAAGGGAAAUCUUACCAACGUCCUGCCUAUGAUUGUGAUUGGAGGAUGGAUCAACUGGACCUUCUCAGGGUUCGUUACAACAAAGGUUCCCUUUCCGUUGACACUUCGCUUCAAGCCGAUGUUGCAGCGUGGGAUUGAGCUAAUGUCUCUCGAUGCUUCAUGGGUAAGCUCCGCAUCGUGGUACUUUCUGAAUGUUUUUGGCUUGCGGAGCAUCUACGCAUUAGUUCUCGGCGAAAAUAAUGCUGCGGACCAGACGCGCGUGAUGCAAGAUCAGAUGUCGGGAGCCGCACUUGCAAUGCCGCCGGAUCCGAAGCAAGCAUUCAAGGCCGAAUGGGAAGCAUUGGAAAUUUGCGAACAUCAGUGGGCCAUGAAGAACGUGGAGGAAGAACUUAUGGGCAGCGCGCAAGAAGUUGCACAGCCAUCAACCUCCUCUCACCACAAAUACGACUAGUCCUUCUUCCGGUUCAACCGUUUUCUCCCUCUCUGUUACAUAGUGCCGCGGCUGCUGCCAACAUUGUGUAGUAAAUGUUGCAGAACAAGGAUGAACAUGUUUGCUCGAAUCUUUCGUGUGUGGUCUAUAAAAAGGAUGUCUCAGUUUUUUUUUUUUUUUUUUUUUUCAGAAGUAAGUAUGGACAAAUCGUGUCAUGAAAUCACAAUAAAAGUGCAUGCUACAUCAGA